AUGAACGUUUCGCUGGACCCCAAAGCCACCUGGGAUGACCAGGGUUUGUGGUUCACACUGGCCUUUAACGCCUUCGCGCUUGCGGUGCUUGGAGGCCUUAGCGUUUUCUUCCUCGUCGUGCCGUCCCUUUGGCUACGACGCCUCUACCGCCCUAACCACACCACAACUGUGACCUCGGGGUCAACCGCAGCAUCACCGCGGAAGGGAUCAGGGGAGGCGCUGCCCGCCCUCAACACCGCCACCACACCGGACGCAAAGUUCUCUUCCACCUCUCCUAUUUCUCCACAACGCCGUGUGGGCCGUGUCCUGCCGUACCGUUGCUCGCUCUUCGUCCUUCCUAGUUUGCGUGACUGGCUGAGCGUGGAGGAGGAGGUGGCGCACCUGGAGCGCCUCGUGCAGUCGGACGUAACAGCCGUUUUUCCUCAACCCGGCGAAGGCGGCACGGCGGCGGAACGCGCCUUUUUCGCAGCAGAAGCCAAGACACGAGUGCCACUUGAUCCACAUGUUUCCCUCUACCUUUUCUUUUUAAAGUUAUUUGCCACCGUCUUUCUUGUCGGUGGAAUCUUCAAUAUCUGGAUCUGCGUCCUCUCCGGGACGGAUAACUACCUAGAUACCUACAUAGUUCGGCGUGACAUUCACAAGUGCCGCCUGCUGGACGGGAAUGCGACGGCCUGCAACGCCAAGGCACCCUUCUGUCGCUACGUGGGGACGGAUUGCCACCCCGUCAGACUUCCAGGCCUCUACGACCUCUCGGCGCAAAACAUCCGGCCUCACAGCUGGCGUCUUGGCGUUGUGGGGGUUUUGGACAUGUGUUUUUCGGCCGUGUAUGUUGUGGCUGUCCUAUUUUUUCUGCAGCGCGCCAAUGCCUACAUCACACACGUCAUGCGACUUCAGAUGGAGCAUGCCCUUGGACAUCGUGUGGCGAUUGUGCGGGGCCUAGGCGCGGAUAUGAUGUCUGAAGCCAAAUUCCGUCAAGCGUAUCUUGUAGAAGAGGCCUACUUCCGACCGAGGGGAGGGAGUGGCGGUCAAGUUGUGAAGGGGAAUCGGCCCUGCGAUCAAGACGGCGCUGACGGGGAGCCGGAGGAUGCGUAUUACCAGUGCGAUUGUACGAGUCUCAGUUGUAUUUUUUCUGUUGUUGAUUUCAAUUACUACAAGACGACGCGUCAGGACGCCAUCUUCACGAGGGAUUCCAGUGUGCAGCAGCUGCUCUUUCCCCGUGAGCCGCCGCGGGGCAUGUACCGCACCAUGGAUAAGACGGAGUCUGCCAUGGAGGCGCUGCAGGAGGCCAUAGCCGACCAAAAGUCGUAUUUAAAGAGGCAGCAGGAAACACUCUCGGGUGCGCCUCAGGGCAAGGAUGAGGCGGUGCAAAUUCUCAUGAUGCAUGCGCCGUGCCCUUGGUGUUGUAGCAAGGUUCCCAAGGUAGAGUUUAGAACGAAGGCCUUCAUUGCACAGGCGACACGGCUAAAUAAAUUUAUUGAUGCCACCACGGUCAAGCAUACAAGGGGGUCUGCCUUUAUUAUCUUUUCCGAUGCCCUUGCAGCGUACGAGUUUGUGAACCUAUUCGAGUCACGUCGGGGAGGCGUGGCGGGGGCACGAGCAACCAUCGCGGGACCUCCGUCUGGUAUCAUUCAUUUCAACCUCACGGCGGAUCGAUACAUGGGUUGGCUGCGAGCCUUGGCGGGCGUCUUGGUUUUCAUUGUACUUCUCUUCUUUUGGACCGUACCUGUCGGGCUUCUCAGCUCUCUUGACAACCUUGCGUAUAUUCCCGGCGUUGGUAAGCCGGUGCUGAGGUUGUACAUGAAGACGCCGGAGGAGGUACGCGGCGCCGUCACGGCGUUUCUCCCGGUUGUGAUGCUGGAAAUUUUUAAUGCAGCGCUUCCGUAUAUUAUUCGUGGCUUUGUAGUCGCCAUGGGGGCUGUGAAUCGGGAGGAGCUCCGCGGUGGCGAGUUGUAUUUGCAGUACCUCUUCAUGGUGCUCACGGGGGUUAUUUUCCAGGCAGCGCUGCAGGGUGGACUGUCUCAGCUCGCGGACUUGAUUGCCGAUCCGUCAGGUGAGGCAGUGAUUGGCUUUUUCGCCUCCGUUGUCAGCCCAAAGGGAGGCUACUGGUACGCCAAAGUCAUCACCGCGGCCUGCCUUUCCGUGUGGAUGUACUUCAUAAGCCCCUCAAAACUCAUCAUGGCCCUGCUGCAACGCAAAAUGGCGAGUUUGCAGCGUGUCUACGACCGACUGCUCGGGCCUUGCCAUUUUGAUUGGACGUACUGUUACAGUUUUGACCUCACGAUACUCGCGAUGGGGCUCCUCUUCCACAUGACCGUUCCACUGCUGGCCCUCUUCGUCGGGUUCUACUUUCUCCUGCGGUACAUGACGCAGAGAUGCAGGCUGUAUGACCGCUACAGGCCGAAAAUUGACCCGCUGGAUGACUGCACGGUGUUCAGUGCCUCCGCCCAGGUCAUACGGGCGGCGAGCUGGUUAUACUGCCUCGGUGGCGUCGGUGCGGUGCUGCUCAUGAGCCUGCGCAAUCACGUCGUGGGUGUUGUGCUCUGCUCCGUGUCGUUGGCGGCGGGCAUUUUGAUCCUCGGACGCGUUCACUACGUGUCGCGCCGCUGGGUGGGCUCUCUGGCCAACGCACGGAGAUUUCUCCCGCACAAGCGCGCGGUCCAGGCGCUGUACGGCGCAACUACCGCCACGGCUGCACCGCCGCCGUCGACGAACGUGAUCUCGGACGGCCGCUCGGCGAUGGAGCUUGCCGCGAUGCUUUUACGGCAAAGCCGCGAAGGCGGCAGUGACGGCGCUGAGGCCGCGACGGGCAGGCGCAGCGGUAGCGGGGACAGAAAUGCCGCUCCCGAUAUCAGUAGUAAUAGUAAUGAUAACAGCGGCAACGGUGGUGGCGGCGGUGCUGUUGCCACUGCAGAUGAAGGGUUGUCGGCGCUUGACAAUCGCCUGAGGGGUUGCGCGACGGAGCUGCUGCCGCACGACCCGAAUGUGAGUUCCCGCUACCAACCGAAGCACCAGCAGCUGGUGCAUAUUGACGUGGAGCAGGAGAUACAAAAGAUGCAGGAGGAAGUGUUUUAUGUCGAGCGCUACUGGGACUCCAAGUUCGAGAUGCUCCACAACACAGAUGUGAUCUUCAGCGGUUUUCCAGGGGGCGAUACCCCCGAAUGGGCUGAAGCGUGA